AGAAGUCCUGGAGGGGAUUUGGGAGCAAAGAAGAAGAAAAAGAAGCAGAAGAGAAAAAAGGAGAAACCAAAUUCUGGAGGCACCAAAUCAGAUUCUGCGUCUGACUCCCAGGAGAUUAAAAUUCAACAGCCUUCAAAAAAUCCAGCCAUUCCAAUGCAGAAGCUUCAAGACAUCCAGAGAGCAAUGGAGCUGCUCUCUGCGUGCCAAGGCCCAGCAAAGAAUAUUGAUGAGGCUACCAAACGUAAAUACCAGUUUUGGGAUACACAACCUGUACCUAAACUUAAUGAAGUUAUAACUUCACAUGGUGCAAUUGAACCAGAUAAGGACAAUGUCCGCCUAGAGCCAUAUUCUUUGCCACAAGGUUUUAUGUGGGACACAUUGGAUCUUAGCAAUGCUGAAGUUUUGAAGGAGUUAUACACAUUGUUAAAUGAGAAUUACGUAGAAGAUGAUGAUAAUAUGUUUAGGUUUGAUUAUUCACCUGAAUUUCUUCUGUGGGCGUUACGUCCUCCGGGCUGGUUACCCCAAUGGCACUGUGGGGUUAGAGUGUCUUCAAACAAAAAACUGGUAGGAUUCAUAAGUGCCAUCCCUGCAAAUAUUCGUAUUUAUGACAGUGUGAAGAAAAUGGUAGAAAUCAAUUUUCUGUGUGUCCAUAAGAAACUGAGAUCUAAACGGGUAGCACCUGUACUGAUUCGGGAAAUCACCAGAAGAGUAAACCUAGAAGGAAUUUUUCAGGCUGUUUACACUGCUGGAGUGGUACUCCCCAAACCUGUGGCCACUUGCAGAUAUUGGCAUCGAUCACUGAAUCCCAGAAAAUUGGUGGAAGUGAAAUUUUCACAUUUGAGUAGAAACAUGACUCUACAAAGAACAAUGAAGCUCUACAGACUUCCUGAUGCCACAAAGACUUCAGGUUUGAGACCAAUGGAACAAAAAGAUACUAAAGCAGUACAAGAAUUAAUCAACACUUACUUGAAACAGUUUAAUCUUGCUCCUGUGAUGGAUGAAGAAGAGGUAGCCCACUGGUUCCUGCCUCGGGAUCAUAUUAUUGACACUUACGUAGUAGAGGGCUCAAAUGGUAUUUUAACAGACUUCCUGAGUUUCUACACAUUACCUUCAACAGUGAUGCACCAUCCUGUUCAUAAAAGCCUCAAAGCUGCCUAUUCCUUCUACAAUAUUCAUACAGAGACUCCCCUCUUGGAUUUAAUGAAUGAUGCACUCAUUAUAGCUAAAUUGAAAGGAUUUGAUGUGUUCAAUGCACUAGACUUAAUGGAAAACAAAACAUUCCUGGAAAAACUCAAGUUUGGGAUUGGAGAUGGAAAUUUGCAGUAUUAUUUGUACAACUGGAGGUGUCCUGGCAUGGAAUCCGAAAAGGUUGGUCUUGUAUUACAAUGAGGACACUUAUGUUUCUAGAACUCUGAGGUCAUCGUUUGAGUUAAUUUGAUCUCCAUAACUCUUGGAACAGUAUUGUUCAAGAGGAGUAAAAGCACAACGACAGUGAUACUGAAAUAGUCCAUUAAACCUGAACAAUGAAGACAUCCAUAUGUGACCAAAUUUAUGCAUUUUUCAGAUAGAUCAGAAGGUCCAUGAAACUCUUUUAUUGUCCAUGAAAAGAAUAAAAGCACAUUCAUUUAAUUUUCAAAGCUUAGCUUGCACCUUGAUGAGAAGAAGGUAUUUUUUUUCCACUCUGUAGAAAAGACUGUUUUGUACAAACUGAACUUCAGUGGUGGAUUAGGGUACAAAAAUAUUUGCUAUUAUGUGGAUGAACUGCUGCAUUUCUAUUUAUUAAGUGGUGGUGUAUGUUCGUCAGUGUAACAGAAUGAAGGAUACAAACUUGAGUAUCUUUGCUUAUUUACUUCACAUGGAUAUCAUCAUUUGGGGGAAAAUCAUGACGUACGAUACGUUUGUAGCUCUAUGAAAGUCCUGGAUGUUUUUGUAACUGGAGCAGUAUGACAAUGUACUGGUUUAACUAGUGCAUUUGUUUCUCCAUAAGCAACGCUGCCAAAUCAAUAAAAAUACAGAUUUGUACUUUGAUCUUCAAUAGAUCAGUGGAUUGAUUUAACAGUAUCGCACUGUUCAGUGCAGGUGUUAUCUAUGUUGCCAGAAUGAUAAUACAUUACUGUACUUAAUUUACAGUUGUGGCACAAAACCUUAGUUUUUCCUCAGUAGAAUAACAUCAGCCUGUGUGUAAAACUAAGAAUUUUAGUAGUGCUAUCAGGAUAUUUAUAGU